ACUGUUAAUUUGGUAAAAUCAGUUAAUUAACGACUAAAGCAGACUGUUUGAGAGUUCAACAGAUUCCCUUCUUGGCUCUGCACAAACAAUCAAGCCCAGAGAGAGAGAGAGAGAGAGAGAGAGAGAGAGAGCGCGCUAGCCCCAAAUAGCUCAGACUCAAAAGCAAAAAUGGCGGACCCACCACCACCACCAUUACCGCCAAAGGAAUUGCCAAUCAAUCGCUACAAGUUCAUUUGGCGAGUCCUCUUGAUCUCCAAUCUUGCUCUCGGAGCUUACAUGUUUAUUGGGGCUCGGAAGAGAGAUAUUGGCAUAGUAAAUAGGAAAUCUGCAGAAACAGGCGCUAAAAAUCACAAAGCUGUAGUUGAAGUGCCCUCUCCUCCUGCAACAACUACUACAAGUACAACUUCUGAGACAUGGGAUAUGUGAAGGUGCAGCAGCCUGCCUAUCCCUGGAGACCGGCAACAGUAACAUUUCAAGUAGACGUUAGAAGGGAAAAUGAAUUCAAAGUCAAGGAUCCUGAAGAGAAUAAUCGAAAUGAUGAAAAGACAAUCUUAAAGCUUUAUCCGUGCAAAAUCCGCACCAAGCUUUUAAUUGGUGCUUCUCUUUACUGACAGACGCUUAUACAGAGAAAUUUUGUUUCGAAGUAUAGAACAUAGCACUUAGGUCUUGUUAUGUUGGGAGAUGGAUAGUUUUGGCUUGAGUAACAUGUUUGCAGCAGAUUACAUGCCAAUUUUUGCGUGAUAUAAGGACCCCUUGUCCAUGAGAAUUAUCUGUAUCUUCUUACAUUGGGAAUUUGUUGCAAAAUAUUAGAUUAUUUAUUUCUUCCCAAAUAGUUAGUGUGGAAUUAAUGGAGAAAAAUUCAUUAAGAUUACUACUAAUGAAGAUCAUUAAGCCUCCUUUGGGAGCCCGACCAGUUCUAAGGCACCCAAGGACAAAAAUUAAGCAAACAACAAGAGAGAGAGAAUGAAAGAAAUAAAGAUUUUGUCAUUUGCCUUUUGAGGGCUUUGAGUUUGAGACUUUGAUGUGGUUAACAAUUAAUAAAGGGCUCCACCAUUGUUGUGUCCUCCAACUCCCUCCACUAACGAUAUCCACACUUCCCAUCCAAUCCCAUCUGCCCUCUUCGAGGCUUGAACCAUUCAUCCAAAUUUCAAAGCUAAUUGAAAAAAAAAAAAGAAAAAAAAAAAAGAAUUUUCCAUACUGGCCCUGGUCUUGCACAGUUAACCUCCCAUUACGAAUCUUUAUCUCUACAAUGCCAGGAACCAUCCUAGUUUCAGGUACCAACUAACAGCUAAGUUUUCAACUGUAAUUCAAACAUGGGCAUGGCAGUUAUGUUAUGUCUAACAUAAAUAUUAACUUUUUUCUUUCAUAUGAAUAUUGAAUUCCACUUCAGUUCUUGAAUUCAUGGACCUUCCAUCUUCAUCAUCUUCUUCCUCAAUAUCCAUAAAGGUUUCCAUGGGGAAAAGAGAGUGUCAAACUUGGGACAAGGGAGACUUCACCUUCCCAUUGACGACCCUUCGUGACAAUUUGGUUGUUCUUCUUCAAGAUGCCGAGGGAAAUGAGAUAUUAGACGCAGGUGUUGAGACCAAGUCCAUAGUCGAGAAGGGUCUUUGGGACGCGUUCUUUCCACUCAAAGGAGGUGGGUUGUUGCAUAUGAAGUUACAGUUUGUACUCAACGAAGAAGAGCGCAUCCGAAUCCGUUCGAUGAGAGAAUCUGCACUAAAAAAGAAACUUGGGGAGUUCAUCUAUAGCAAUCCCAGUAGUGUGCAAAUUACUCCUGGUGCUGGGACAAAUCUUGCAUCAUCUUUGUGCCUUCCCAAUGAGAUCUCAGAUAGAAAUGAGGAGACUUCAUCAGGCAUUACUCUGCAUCAGUGGGUUGACCUCCCUCUGACUGAAUCAUGUCAAGGGAAUUUAGUUGAGGAGACUGAGGCACAGCCACUUCCUGCUAAUGUUCCAGCCAAGGCCAAAUAUGCUAGUGAAUCUUCAAAACUAUUAAGAAGCUCACAAUCAAUGGUUCACGCAAUAAGCCUUCCUAAUCUUCAGGAAGAUAAGCCUCAUAACCUCGAGAAGCAGGGUCCAAUCCAGAAAACUCCUAGCAAUGUAAAGAAAAUGAUAAGUGCCUUCGAAAGUGGUUCAGCUGAGGAUAUGAGGCCUUGCAUCAAACCGCCACCAAAUGAAGUUCAAUCGAACAGUAUUAAAGCAGGAGCUCCCCUGAAAAUCCAUAAUUUAAAAGAAGACAAUACGGUGGAUACAGAAACUGCAAAGUCAAUAUUAGAAGAGGUUGUGAAGUCUUUUUCUUCAGGGGACUUGCUACUUGACCCAACAUCUGGUGAUAAAAGUGGUGAGCAAAUUAAUUUACUUGGAGCUUCAGAUGGGACUAAAUCAUCACAUCCCACUGUGAUAAAAAAUAAAGUCAAACUAUUGCAUGUACAUCAAGAAGUUGGCAUAAAGAAAAAGAACUUCCACAAAGAUUUCAUUACAACAUCAAGAUGUGAAACAGUUCAAGUUUCAGAGAAGAUUCUUAGUAAGCAUAGGCACCAACCAAUUAAUACGGGCCAUGGAAGGCGAAAUUCUGGUGGUAUUCCUGUUAUAGAGGAGAGUCGACUAGAAAUUUCUUCCCGAAAUAUUUCUCAAAUCAUCGACAUUCAAGAAGCUUCAACUAGUGCCAAUGUGUGUACAUCAGUAGUAAACUGUGAAGAUAGGCAAAUUCCCUUUGAGAGCUCUGGUGCCUGGAUAUUCCCAGAUGAAGCAAUACGUGUCUGCAUAACAACUAGUGGUAAAAAAUUAAUGGAUUUACUAGGAGGUUGCAGAGAGAAGCCAAACAUCCAGCAAGGAAGGAUGAAUGUUUCUCUACCAGAAAAUUCAGAAGAGCAGAAUGUGAAGAAUCACAGACCAAGAAAAUCAAAGGUUGAUCAUCCAGAGGAAGCUGAAACUUCUGGUGGCAAAGUUGGACAGGCAAUAAAAGUUGCAAUCAUGAUUGGCUUUGGCACACUAGUUCUCCUGACAAGACAAAGAAAAAACAGAUGAAAUAACCGGCAGAUGCACUUUGGUUAUCAUCCCAAGGGGUGGGGUGAGAAGAUUUUGGAACCACCAUUUAUUUAUUUAUUUUGAUAUGAAAAGUUUAGGGCAAUUGUCCCUACACUUGCGGCUGUGUGUCCGAUUUUGCCUCUCCUCUAACUCUUCAUUUGAUAACCUCUUUCCAUGCGAUUUAAAUAGUUUUUUUUUU